AUGUCAUCACAGUUAAAUGUAGCACGGCGUAGCGCUGCGCGUGCACCUGGCAGCACACCGUAUGGACAGGCCAUUUUUGCUUUACGCCUGCAAGAGCAACGAGCCCAAUGUGGUGCACGCUGCAAUGCGGCUGCUCAAGCGACGGAAGCUGCACCGGCCCCUGCAUCGGCCACUCCCGACGCUGCUGCUGCCGACCCAGCGACCAUGGACAUCCGCAUUGGCAAAAUUGUAAAGUGUGAGCAACAUCCGGACGCUGACAGCUUGUACGUUGAGCAAAUCGACGUGGGUGAGCCGGAGCCGCGUACCAUUGUCUCGGGUCUGGUGAAGUUUGUGCCACUGGAGGCAAUGCAGGAUCGGAAGGUCAUUGUGCUGUGCAACCUGAAGCCUCGCAACAUGCGAGGCAUCAAGUCCAACGGCAUGGUGCUGUGUGCCUCCAAUGACGCACACGACGUGGUGGAGCCGCUGGCGCCUCCCGCUGAUGCACCCGUAGGCGAGCGGGUGUACUUCGGAGAGGGAGGCAAGAACCAGGGGCCUCCCGCUGAGCCCAACCGGGUUCAGAAGAAGAAGUUGUGGGAGGCGGUGCAGCCGCUGCUGAAAACGGACGGGGAGGCGACCGCCAGGUUCCGGGAUGAGGUGAUGCUCACGACCGCGGGGCCGGUACGGGCAGCCACUUUGUCACAUGCCAAUAUUGCAUGAUGACUUAAUAAUGAUAACACAGCUUGAUGCGUGUUUUUGUGCACAGCACGACAGCUAUCUGAAGUAUUGUAGGGUUCUAGAGGACGGCACGGGAUCAAACACGUUUGUGUAUGCGGUGAGGACGUGUGUUUCACGAGUUGUGAACGGGCGCUGCAAAGUUUGUUCCCGGAAGGGACAUUGCGGUUUUGUAUAUUGCAGCUGGCAGUUGAUUAUUUGCUAUUUCAUUUAUUUCUAGGGACGUCGAUGCCGGCGGGCUGUGGCAUGUAUCGCAUUUCUUUAAGAAGACUUUCCUUUUGGUUCGGCUUUGGUAACGUUCGAUAUAAGAUGGGACUUGACAUGGUAGAAUUUAUACCUUCAACGAAGUAACAGUAGCACAGUAC